AUGGAAGCUGAACGUGCCUGCAGCUCCCCCUCUCCCACCAGGAGCCUCCCUGUGGAUCCCUCAGGAAAAGCACUAGCUCCUCAGGUGGAUCUGCUCAGAAUGAAGAUGUUUGCCACUUGGAACAGCAACAAGUCACAAGCCCUGCCGGAAGAGCUCAGCAGCUUGGAUGUUCUGUGUGACAUGGAGGUAAGGGCUCACCGGCUGCGUAUCUACGUCUUGUGUCUCCUGGCCUUACCCCUGAACAAAGACCUGACUCCACCUUGCUUUUGGCGUUUCCCAGGCCGAGCUGGAAGCAGCUGUCCCCUCUCCGCACCUGCCCUGCAGCCGGAGGAGUGCGCCCCGAGGUGUGAGUACUGUGGCAGCCUCCUGCCGCCCUUCCCGCUCUCCGAAGACACUUCCCAAGAGGAUUACGGAUCAAAGUUCUGCUGCGAGCGCAAUCGAGAGCUCUACGAGUUCAUCCUGGAGCUGAGCAAGAAGCAGGAGGACGCCCGGCGCGCUCUCGCUGCCGCCAGCGCCCAGGGAGCACGGAGAGCGCGGAGACUUACAAAACAGGGUAUGAAAUGCAUAUCAGAAAUGUUUUCAUUUUCCAGGCAGCAGGAGAAACCAGCAGCCAAACAGUUACCAGCUGUCCCGGCAGCAGAGCCCGAAAGUGUAGCCAAAUGUCCAGGCUCACCCGGCACCAUCUCCUACGCGCUGUCCCGGGAGCCCCCGGAGCCCGGGGGCCGGACGCUGCUGCCCCAGGCCCGUGCCAGGGCCGCCGGGCCCGCCGACGAGUCCCCCGGCAUCACCUGCUGUGACUUCAGCCCCCGGGCUGCGCAGGUGGUGAAGAACGAAUUGUUGGAGAAAUACUACAAGCACGGAGGGAAAUUCCUCACCAUGCUCCCGGAUGGAACAUCGCAGUUGUUCUACCCCUCUGGGAACCUGGCAAUCAUCGUUGUGCGAGAGAAGGACCAUCUUGCUUGCAUAGUGCAGGCAGACAAGGCGCGUGAGGCCGAAGUACAGGCGGUGUUCCUGUCCGACGGCAGCAGCACGUGCUACCACCCGCACGGAGGCGUCUGGAUAAACAUGAAUAUUCGAGGUGGGCAGUAUUUGGACCCAACAGGCAACAGGGUGAGAAGGUGGACAUGGCCGAACAGCAUCACGUCACCGGGACCCCACGUCCCGCUGAGCCCCAUCUUCAUCUCCCUGAACCGGCACGUGGGGGUCAGGAUCCUGGGCCAGGACAAGAUCACCGUUUCCUUCCUUGCCAUGGGGCAACAGGCAAAAUUCAACGUGGGAACCAAAGUGGAGGUGGGCGAGAUCAGCCGGCUGCUGCCCCCCGCACGGCCCGGGAAAGACGAGCUGCUGCUGCUCGCCCUCAGGGUGAGGAUCCUGUGGCUCUUCGACAGACUGCGUGGAUGCCUCAGCUUCCCUUCUAAUGAGCAACGGGACAAAAUUAAGCCUCAAGGAUACCUUACCGGACUGACUUCAAAGAUCUUGCAGCUUUGCACAACUUCUGACAUAAGUGAUGAGCUACACAGCUGGGUCAGGGCAACAGUAAAUGCUCCAGUCUGA